UCAUCGAAGUAGGAGACGUCGCUUCUCUCGCUGCUCGCGUAUGGUUUAAAAUAAAAUGGUAACAAAUCCCAGGAUUUAGCAGUCCACUGUGGCGGUUUCAGUGAAACAAUACCGUUUAAAAUAGAGAAUAAUUUCGCGCCUCCGGUGUUACUCGAGUUCAAAUUUUAUGAAAACUUAUUUCAGGCUAUAUCGCCGUGUAUUUUAAUGAUAAAAAUAACUGGCAAAGAACUUCGCCGGUGUCAACUGAAAAAACAAUUUUCGCGCCAAGUUCAUUUUUAUUCAGUGUCAUAAGAGCUCGGAACGUUGAAAUUUUGUGAAGAAAUUCUCAUAAUUAGUCGAGUAAGUGUUUGCGUUGCUAAUUUACUUCGGUAUAGUUUUAGAUUAUCUGUUGUCAAUUUUAAUUAAGUUAUUAUUUAUACAAAGUGGAAUUGAAAAAUGCCACCAGUCGACACAACAGCAUUGAAAGAAGCCAAAUUACCCGUUAUUUGGAUUUUAGGUGGUCCUGGUAGCGGAAAAGGAACAUUAUGCGAAAAAAUAGUAGCUAAAUACGGAUUCACCCACGUUUCGACGGGUGAUUUAUUACGUGAUGAAGUACAAUCAGGAUCUGAUCGUGGUAAAGAGGCAGCUCAAAUCAUGAAAGAAGGUGGUCUUGUGCCUACAGAAUUCGUUUUAACAUUAUUAGCUGAAAAAUUAUUGAAAGAGUUACCAAGCUCGAAAGGAUUCCUAAUUGAUGGAUACCCAAGAGAGAAAGCCCAAGGAGAACUUUUCGAAAAAAAUAUUGCCCCAGCGGAUGUAAUCGUUUAUUUAGAAGCUGACGAUAAAAUCAUGAUCGAACGACUUCUCGGAAGAGCAAAAACAUCGGGUCGUUCUGACGAUAACGAAGAAACAAUUAAAAAGAGACUCGACACUUUCCACGCCAAUAAUGAUCCUAUUAUCGAAACAUUCGCCAGUAAAACCAAAAAAAUAAACGCCAUCCAAACACCUGAAGCAGUUUUUGCCGAAGCUGAAAAAAUCAUCGAUGAAAUUUUAUCGACAAAGUAAUAGAACCAGUCUAGGAGUUUUGCAAUCGCAAUAUUAUUUAUUAAAGAAAAACAAAAACAAAUGUUACCAUUUUAUUCACCUCAUCGCGCUUUUCUGUUUAAUUGUUAUUUUGUUUUGAAUUGUUGUGUUUUAUGUGCUUAUAAAUGUUGUACCUAAUUGUAUUGUUUAAUAUUGAACAAAAAAUUGAUCGAAAGUAAUUAAUUAAUUUUUGAAAAAGUAUUGAUCUUUUAAAUCUUAAUUCUUAUAAAAUAUUUAAGAAAUGAAUAGGUGCCUAUUUUUUUUUGAAAAAAUACUACAUUUAGCUGUGAUAUGUCUGCAAAAAAAACUGCAUACCAAUUUUCUCGUCAAAGUAUUAAAUUAAUUACACUUAAAAUUGUAAAAUAAAUUACAUACGCUUAUCGCUUUAAAAAUAAAUAAAAUUCAAACUUCGUA